AUGGCCUGUCUGGUGCGAGUGCCGUGUGAAAUGGUCAAGCAGAAUAUGCAAACCACCGGGGGAACUACCGCCGCCUCGGUAGUCAAACAGAUCAUCACCCGCCAUGGUAUCACAGGGCUGUGGCGUGGAUACCUGUCCACUAUAGUGCGUGAGGUGCCCUUCUCCAUCAUUCAAUUCCCGCUGUACGAGGCUUUCCGCUCACAAAUAGGCAAACAACAGGACGGAAGAGUUGAUCCCUGGCAAGGGGCCCUGUGUGGGUCAAUGGCCGGCGGUAUAUCGGGUGCGCUUACCACACCGCUGGAUGUGGUGAAGACCAGGAUCAUGCUGAGCCAGGGAACCGGUGCUACGGCAUACACCACCAUCUCAGGAACAUUCUCGCGGAUCUUAGCCGAGGAGGGACCGAAAAAGUUAUACGCUGGUGUUGUUCCGAGGACCAUGUGGAUCACGAUAGGAGGCUUUGUUUUCUUCGGCGUGUAUGAAAGCGGCAGGAAGUUCCUUGCGCCCAUUUUCCCUUAAGUGGUCAUGCAUGCAUCCUGGUAGUAUUCUUAGUGGUGCAUAGUUAGAUUGCUUGUUCUCGGCUUGGAGUGCUACCAGUAGCUCUGACGAGUCCAAGUUGCCGCGCACACAUCGACUAGUACGGCCGUACUUAUCAGUCUUUAAUUAAGAGUUCGGUACUAUAUUUAGCGUGCGGUCUAUAUUUAGAACCCCGUUGAGCCGAGGGGGAUGUAAACCAAGCUUUGCAAAGUCACGGCCACUGUCAGAUUUGCACAUAAUCUACGCGAGCAUUCUACUUGUGUAUGUGUAGCAUUUCAUCGACGACAAGGGUGUAUUAGUAUACUAUAUGUAGAUAAAUCUGUGUGCUCGUGUCUAUGUAUAUAUAGCAUGUCUAUAUAUAUGUAUAUAUAUAUAUAUUUAUAUAA